GCAGGGCUCUGCUUCACCUUAUAAAGUGCACCCUGCUUUGUGGUUAAAAUUUUCAUCAAAACGCAAUUGUUGUUCAUGAAAACGUAAUUAACGAAAAGCUUAAAUUUUUAUAGCAAAAAUUCAAUAAAUUUUUGUUAUACUGCUAAAAUAAAGUUUCCACACGUUGUGGAUGCAGUCGCGCAUCAACAGUUUUGAAAAAAACAAAAGCAAGGCCAAAGGAAUUUCAAAGGAGUUUUAAACAAGUAGCAAAACAAAAGACCUUAUAUCCGUUUCCUUUGUAUGAGCAAUAUUUUUUGUUGACUGCGCGAAUCCUUUUUGUAAGUGUUUGUGUGUGUGUGAGUUCAGUUUGUGAACAAAGACAACCAAGGACAUCUUUGUUUCUUAGCAAAAGAGGAGAAUAACAAGAAUAACAAACAAGAACAACAACCACCACCACUAAAAACACAACAACAUAAUACAAUGAGUACUGCAGCUUUAAGCACAGCUACGGCUGCUUUAUCAUUAGAGCCUUCAAGUUCAAGUGAAGCUGCUGCUGCUGUUGCUGCUUCUUCUCCAGUCACCACCACCUCAACGUUUUUAACAAAUCCGAAUACUGGCGAGACUGGAGAGUUAAAUGUCAAUGCCUCUACUUCAUCUUCAACAACUACUUCACACCUGCCUUUAAAUCCCGCCAUUUGUCGCUAUUUUCAACGCGGUAUUUGUCGUUUCGGGUCAAUGUGCCGUUUUUCACAUGACCUAACUGGUGGAGACAUCAUAAACAAUCCAACGACAACGACCGCCAUACCACCAGCAAUGACUCAUGAGCGUCCCAGUACUAGCCGUCACAAUUGGGCCAAUGCUCCCGUAUUUAUACCCAAAGCAGAUCAUUCUGGCGGCGAAAUCUUUCCAACAACAGACAACAUGGAACAACGUUCUUGGGCUGAUGUGGUCGGUGCUUCGGCUUCCCGCAUGGCGGGACCAAUUUUAACAAUGCAAGAAUCUGCUUCUAUCAAUGAAAUUUGCCCCUUCGAAGGCACUUGCCCCUAUGGCAUGUAUUGUGCCUAUGCCAUACACUUAGAAUUGUGUGAAAUGUGUGAUCAAUUUUGUCUACAUCCCACAGAUGAAAUGCAACGUAAAAAACAUAAAAAAGAAUGUCUACAACAGCAUGAACAGGCUAUGGAAUUGUCAUUUGCCAUUGCACGUUCUAAAGAUAAAACCUGUGGUAUUUGUUUCGAUACGAUUAUGGAAAAAGCUGGUCGAGAGAAACGUUUUGGCAUACUGCCAAAUUGUAAUCAUAUCUUUUGUUUAGAAUGUAUACGUAAAUGGCGUCAAGCUAAACAAUUUGAACAUAAAAUUACCAGAUCUUGUCCAGAAUGUCGGGUUGCUUCAGAUUUUGUUUGUCCUAGUGCCUUUUGGGUGGAAACAAAAGAGGAAAAGGAUAAACUUUUAGGUGAUUAUCGUAAAGCACUUGGUAUUAAAGACUGCAAGUACUUUAAAAAGGGUGAUGGCAAAUGUCCCUUUGGUAAUAAAUGUUUUUAUAAACAUGCUUUACCCAAUGGGGAGUUAGUUAAUGUUGGCUGUCCCAAAAAGGCUCGUAAAUUGCAUCGCAGUAAUAAUGAAAUUAUGAAUUUACUUGAUAUCUAUCUGUAUGAAUUUCUUGAUCAACGUGAACUCAAUUUCUAUGAUUAUAUUACAAGCACAAGUGAUGAAAGUGAUGAUGAUGAUGAUGAUGAGGAUGAUGUUGAAUAAAUCAUUUAAAAUUAAUUAAAUUUCCAAAAAGAAAAAAAAAAUCAAGGUUUUUAUGCAAAACUUACUUACACAUAACCACAAGUAAUAUAUAAAUAACUCUUACACUCAGCUAAACAUUUACAAACAGAAAAUUUAUAUUAAAAAUUUAAAGAAGAAAAAAACAAACUGAAAAACAUUAUUAUUACAUAUAUUCUCAAAACAAACAAACAAAAAAAGUAUUCAAAUGAAAAUAAUAACCAAAAAAUAACAGCUAAAGAUUAAGCCGAAAAAUCCUAAAAAAGAAACAAAAUCUGAAAAAAAUUCUCUUACUCCUGCCCCUCCUGUUUGCUUGUGAAAGUUAUCAUAACAAAACUAUAAACAUAUUAAAAGUUUUUAAUUACUAAAAAACUUAAACCUCAGUACACAGGAAAUAUUAUAUAUAAAAAAAACAAACUCCUUAAAAAUUUCUACAUGAAAUUUAAAUUUAUCUUGAAUUCUUGCUGCUGACCCUACUCCUCUCUAAUCACUCAUACUUUAAUCACUGUUGGAAGAAAACAAAAACCAAAUAUUCUUAAAACUUAAUAAACCAACUUAAUGCAACGAAAUUUUUAAAAGAAAUAUUAAAUUUAUAUAAAAAAACUUAGAGAAUUGUAACCAAGAAAAAAAACCUGCCCUCGUUCCCUGUUUAUCUUAUGAAUUUAUAAAAUGUUAAGUUUUUCCCUCUUUCUCUUUUUAACUCUCUCUCUCUCUCUCUCUCUUCUUAAAACUGAACUAUAAAGCUAGGUUUUCAAUUUUAUUAGUAAAUCAUUAAACAUUAUUGUUACUUUUUUUAAAUGUAUUUUUUUUUUUUGUUAAUUUUGUUUAUUGAAAUAUUUUAUGUUUUUAAAAGUUUCUUUUGUUAGUUUCUUUUGUUGAAAUUGAAAUAUUUGGCUUAAAGUAUAAAUAACGAAUAAGGCUUCUCCAAUCCAAUCAGUCGGAAAACAAAUUUGUUCUAUUCACAAUCAGUAUUGUAUUGUUGUAUCGUAGUAUGUCGUAACUAUUUUAUUAUUGAUUUGUUUCUGUUUCAAAAAAUAAUUAUGAGAAAAAAAUUGUAAGACAUGCAACGCUACAACGAUAGGACAUCGCUGGAUAGUGAGAUUGUGAAGCGCGAUGAGCUCUCAAAUAAGCUCUCUUUUUCUCUUUCUCUUUCUUUCUUGUGUACCAAUGUUUAAAACAACAAACACAACCAGUCAGAGAAGAAAUUUAUUCAAUUAACAAUCAGUGUUGUACUGUUGUAUAGUAUGCAUGUCGUAAUUAUUUUAUUAUUGAUUUGUUUCUGUUAAAAGAACAAAAAAAAAAUUAGGUGAAAAAAUUGUAUGACA